GGUCGCUUCAGUUGAUCCACAAAGAGGUAUAUCCUUUAUUCUUGAUUCCCUUUUAGUUACCUGUUAUGUUCUUAGUCUGGGACUUCAUUUUCCUCUUCUUGCUUCCACCUCUUCAAUGGUCUGGUUAGGAUGGAGCCACACUGUUUUUGCUAGGUUCAAAUUUUCAUCUAUUAGCAUCCUCCAGUCCCGCUUUAGUUGCAUCUCAGUUUAUAUGUCAUCGCAAAUUAAAUCUCGUGAUAUUUCUGUAAAGCCUCAAGUGUCUACAGUAUUCAUGUUUAGUCCGGAGAGCUAGAGUAUAUGUUUCUUUUAACUUAGAAGAAACAAACUAAAGUUGAGGACGGUUCAACAAAUGGUAAAAGACGAAAGGAUCAUGAAGAUUGAUAUUCCUGGCGAUAGCAGUCCACGCCAGCCCGAAGUGGGCUCAGGUGGGCUGACCCGUCAAACGAGCAUCAACAAGACAAACUGCCUUUGCUCACCAACCACUCACCCCGGUUCUUUUCGAUGUAGGAUGCACCGGUCUCUUUCGCUACAACGUACCAAGAGUAUCGAGGCUCCGGCUCAACAGGAUGCUCCACCUAAGCCAUCAGAUUCCCCUACAGACGCUAAGUAG